AUGCCAACUUGUCCCGUAUGUAAAGACCAAACAGUUAUCAAACAAUUCACAUAUCGUGGUAUCCUCUAUGCUAUUUUUUGUUUCCCGUGUGGUUUAUAUUGUUGCCUCAAAACUAAUCGACAACUCUACUGUCCAGUAUGCGGAUGUCAGGUUACUUAUUUCCUAUUUAUUCAUUCAUUCUAG